AUGGAUGCAGCCAUUGAUGCCAUGACCCGUGAAAUGGGUUUUGACGAGAGACUAGUUCGUGCCACAGUAAAAGAGUUACUGAAGGUGGUUUCAUUGUUUUCAGAGAGUUUUGGGUUCUGGGUUUUGUUUGGCGUAUCAAAAGGUUUUGCUUUCAGGUUUAUGGAGUGCGAGGAUCUCCAGAGCAAGGAUGGCCCUUUAUCGAAGAUUGCUUCGUUUGUUGUACAAUGUGUUGGGGGAAAAUUGGGGCUUCUUGCUGCUUUGAAAUUUAUUCUUUCUCUUCGAUUUGGCGUUCUUAUUGGGUUUGUGGCUUCAGACAAAGACGUUAUCUUAAUCACAUUAAUUUGGUUGCCUGGUGAAUAUAACAUUUUUGAAUCUCACAUUCGAGCAAGACCUGUACCUGUUACUAUUUCUGAGCUUCGUACUUUACUUAUUGCUGAAGGAAGUGAUCUGAAUAGAGCUGCAUCUAUCAUGAACACACCACUCCUUACUGCUAUGAUGGCAAAGACCAAGUUAACCCCUGUUCAUCAAACCCAAGGUUCUCCAUAUUCUCAGGAUCAGAGUUAUCAGCAUCCGACUCCAGAUCACAGUUAUUCUAAUAGUACUUCAGGUUAUAAUGGUUCGUCUUCUAAUAGACAAUGGAAUUCCAGAGGUGGUUCUCAGGGAAACUCGUAUUACAGAGGCUGGAAUAACUUCAGAAACAGAUAUAAUAAGAGUAGACAUGGUAGCAGUUCAUAUGGUAAUUCCACUUACGGUUCAGGCCAAUUUUUCUAUCAACCUGGUUACCUGGUGGUCAUUAUGGAUGCUGCUCCACAAGCCGAUGCAGCUCCACCAGACGAUGCUGUUCCACCAGACGAUGCUGCUCCACUAGAUGAUGCAGCUCCAUCAGAUGAUGCUGCUCCGUAUGAUGAUGCUGCUCAGCAUGAUGAUGCUGCUUCGCAUGUUGAUGCUGCUCCGCAUGAUGAUGCUGCUUCGCAUGUUGAUGCUGCUCCGCAUGAUGAUGCUGCUCCGCAUGAUGAUGCUGCUUCGCAUGUUGAUGCUGCUCUGCAUGAUGAUGCUGCUCUGCAUGAUGAUGCAUCAGCAGCAGUAGGGCCCUCAAGCAUUGUUAUUCUACCUACUUUCUCAGGGGCUGUGGACAGCAAAUUGCAGACUCAGGAUGCUUGUGACUCUACAUCACAGACUAAUGGACUUAUUCAUGCAUCACUGAUUAAGAUUACAGGUGCCAAGGAGUGUCUCCCAGUAGAUACUCUUGCACUGCGGAGGUGUAAACCUUGCUAUGGCUGGGCUUUUAGCAAUGAUGGGGAAGGUCCUGUGGAACUACAAUCGGGUCCAUCGGCAGAGUCAGGUAAAUUACUUAUCAGGCCAGCUGAGAAGAGGAAGCGCAAGUCAGGGUGGGAUGUGAGACCUGAAGAUGUGCAAAGCUCUUUCGCUUUGAUGUCGUAG